GAAGUCCCAAGGCAUCGGAAAGGUGCAGACAUCUGGAAGUCCUCACUCGCAGGGAGAACCCCAGCCGCAGGCCCUGAGUCGCACCUGGUGACUGGCCUCCAGGAAGGACAUCUGGGAGCAGCCGGGAUCCAGUGGGAGCCGGCCGCCCCUCGGUCUCUGGGCUUGAAGUAAGGUUCAUGUCACCGCAGUGCUGGCUUGGUGCCUCAUAGGACCAGGCCUGUGUGACAGUGGCCGUGGCACCCAGGGCCCCACCCUUUGGGGGCCACAGGAUCUACUCCAUCCUGCCCAAGACAGACCAGAAGUGUCGGCGUACUGACCUACACUGAAGGUCACUUCAGUGCCGAUGCGGUGGUGGGGGCGCCCACCACAGUCAUCCUGCCCUCUGUGCCCCACGGAGGAAACCUAGGAAGGAAUCCUGGCUCUGGGUCCCUCCAAGGCCUUGCCCCCCUCUCUGGACCCUGUCCCAGGCUGCAGGCGGUGGCUGACAUGAUGGGCCAGAUUUCAGGCCAGUUGGGUCCCAACAGAAAGUGACCCAGGGUACCAGGCUGGCUGGAGCCUGUGCCCCACCCCACCCAGGGGACCCCCGUGUCUCUCAUGGACAUCCCCUGGCCUGUGGAGGUGCAGCAGGGGUGGGGGGCCUGACAACGGUUACCCUAUAGGCACUCAGGGCCACAGUGCAGGGGAUGAGGGCCCCCCUCCCAUUCCGGCCUGCAGAGCCUCCCCUCACCGUGGCACCACCUCCAGGAAGCCUGCAGUGGGGAGUGGCCUUUCAUGUGGGCUCUGGGGCAGAGCCUCUGAGAUGUGGGCUUGCAGUUGCCUGCAGGCAGGAAGGGUCCCAGUGGCAGUGGUACGGGGCUGCCUUUCCCCAUUGCUGGGCCUGCGUGGGGCAGGGUGUCCGUGAGUAUGGCCCAUGGGUUCCGUCUGCUUCUCAUGCUCCUCGCGCUGGCCGCAGCCUUGCCUGGGGCCCCCACUCAAGAGGUGUGGCAGUCCCCCCUGUACACCAUUGCCCCGGAGGGCGGCUACAUUGACAUCACCUGCCGUGCCAGCGGGACCCUGCAUGGGGUCUACCUGAAGCAGAGGUGGCCAAGCCCCGCCAAUGUGGUCUACUACGAGGACGGGAAGGAGCCCACCGUGAGCAAGCGGUUCUGGGGCCGCAUCGCCUUCUCGGGGCUGCAGCACAACCUGACCAUCACCAUGAGCCGCCUGCAGCCAGCUGACACUGGGGUCUACGCCUGCCAGGCCAUCCUGAAGAGCGAGGUCUGGGGCCCUGGCACCAUGGUCGUCGUGACAGAUCAAGAGACUUUGCUGGGUGAGGGACGAGCCCCCCCCGGCGUGUGUGGUGUACGAGGACAUGUCCUGCAGCCGCCACAACAUGAUGUCUGUGUCCACACCCAACCACUACCAGUGAGCCCUCCAGGCCUCCCUCUGCCCGGGAAGGGCUCCGAGGGGACUGGCCAGCCCAGUGCGGACACACAGGCAGCCCCCCACAGCAGGCAGGCUCCUCACACUGCCUCCAGGAAGCUGCCCUUGCCCACCUCCUGCCCUGAGGCUGCCCUGCCAGCUGCCGCCUGCCCCUCCCAUGGCAGGAGGGGCUUCUCUGUAGGACAGACGUGGGUCCGGGACAGUGGGCAGCCUGACAGAGGGGCCGGGAGAGGCUCAGCUCCCAGCCCAGGCUUGGAAUAGAAAUAAAGUGCUUCUCCUCUGCCCUUCCCGCCUCCAGCAUUUCCUCUCAAGCACCCUGGGCUGGAGAUGGGGAUGGGAGACCCACUGCAAGGUACUCGUAGGACUUUGCGCUUGUGGAGUGUGUGUGCAGCCCCCCCAGGAAGGAGAGGGACAGGAGGACGCUGCCCGGCUCCAGUCCUGGACAGGCUGCAGACGGGGCAGAUCCUGCAGGGCCCUCACCCACCCUCACCUGCAGCCACCACAGAAUCAGGUGGGGAAAGGUACUUGGGUGUCUUAACCCAGGGCUCCUCCUCUCGCACCCGUAUUGGGGAGCCCUGCCUGCCCUCCAGGCGGACCGGCACCUCUGUGUGAGCGUGACUUGUAGCCGUUUCCUCCUGGGCUCUGGGCCAAGCGACAGCAGCCGUGCUACCCACCCCGACCCCAUCCGCCGCC